GGAGUCCGGGGCACGCCGACCUCUCUCGGGCUUGUAGGGGACCGGCAGUCACCAGCGUGGAAGCGCGCCGCCCGCCAGGCCGCCCUCGACCCGCCCAGACGCUUCGCCCCGCCCGGAUAUUCCCGGCAAGUGGCCGAACCAGCCUGACGAGCCCAACUCGCCGGGGCUCCCAGCAGCAGCAGGUGGCCCCGACUUCCCAGAUUCGCGCUGUCCGGUUGCGCUCCGGAGCCCGGUCGGCUGUCCUCGCCGGCGGGAUGGAGGCGGACGGGGACCCGGAGGAGCUCGCCCGUCUGCGCUCCCUCUUCGCUGCCUGCGACGCGAACCGCUCCGGGCGCCUGGAGCGUGAGGAGUUCCGCGCGCUGUGCACCGAGCUGCGAGUGUUGCCGGCCGAUGCCGAGGCCGUGUUCCAGCGGCUGGACGCCAAUAGCGACGGUGUCAUCACCUUCCAGGAGUUCGCGCGCGGCUUCCGCGGGGCCCGGCGCGGAGGACGGCGCCGGGGCUGGGGGCCACUGGAGCCCGCGCCUGCUACUGCGGAGCCGGGACCCCUACCCGCGGACUGCGACGAAGACGUGGACAUUCUGGACGACGCCGCGGAUCUGUCCGCCCCGUGGGGACCGACGAACCCGGGUCGGGCUUGGCAGGACUUCCAGGCGCGACUCGGAGACGAGGCCAAGUUCAUCCCCAGAAAAGAGCAAGUUAGCGUCCUGUAUCAAAACAUCAACCUUGUGGAGCCAAGACUGAUUCAGCCAUAUGAACAUGUGAUCAAGAACUUCAUCCAUGAGAUCAAACUUCAAAGCACAGAAAUGGAAAACCUGGCCAUUGCUGUGAAGAGAGCCCAGGACAAGGCAGCCAUGCAGUUGAGUGAGUUGGAAGAGGAAAUGGACCAGAGAAUUCAGGCUGCAGAACACAAGACCCGGAAAGACGAGAAACGCAAAGCAGAGGAAGCCCUCAGUGAUCUCAGACGUCAGUAUGAAACAGAAGUAGGAGACCUUCAGGUUACCAUAAAAAAACUAAAGAAGCUUGAAGAACAAUCAAAACACAUAAGUCAAAAAGAAGACGUAGCAGCAUUAAAAAAACAAAUUUAUGAUUUAUCAAUGGAAAAUCAGAAAGUUAAGAAAGAUCUUUUAGAAGCACAAACAAACAUAGCCUUUCUUCAGAGUGAACUAGAUGCUUUGAAAAGUGAUUAUGCUGACCAGAGUCUAAAUUCUGAGAGGGAUCUGGAAAUAAUCCGAGAAUACACAGAAGAUCGAAAUAGUCUUGAGAGGCAAAUUGAAAUUCUCCAAACAGCUAACCGGAAGCUGCAUGACAGUAAUGAUGGCCUCAGGAGUGCCCUUGAAAACAGUUACAGCAAAUUCAACAGAUGCUUGCGCAUAAAUAAUGUAUCACCAGGGAAUACGAUAUCUAGAAGCAGUCCCAAAUUUAAUGGUCAUUCUCUUCAACCUCUGGGAUAUGACAGGUCAUCCCGCUCUUCGUAUGUGGAUGAGGACUGUGACUCAUUGGCCCUCUGUGAUCCUAUGCAGAGGAUGAAUUAUGAAGUUGACAGCCUGCCUGAGAGCUGCUUUGACAGCGGCUUGUCUACCCUGAGAGAUCCCAAUGAGUACGACUCUGAAGUGGAAUACAAGCACCAGCGGGGAUUUCGGAAUUCACAGAGGGUGCAGGAGAACUGUGCCGGUGAUGCUUCAGACAUGGAUGUUCCUGAUAUAAGGGAUGAAGAAACAUAUGGUUCAGAAGGUGUGGCUUCUGUUUUAGACUGGAAGUCCCAAGGGUCUAUUAGUGGAGGCAGCAUAGUCAGUUCUUCAAGAAAACCCAUCUCUGCUCUUUCACCCCAGACAGAUGUGGCAGGUGAUAACUCCAAGUCUGCUAGUUCACAGAAGGCUUACAAGAUUGUGCUUGCUGGGGACGCUGCAGUGGGGAAAUCCAGUUUCCUCAUGAGACUUUGCAAGAAUGAAUUUCGAGGAAACACAAGUGCCACAUUGGGAGUUGAUUUUCAAAUGAAAACUCUCAUUGUAGAUGGAGAGCAAACAGUUCUGCAGCUCUGGGAUACAGCUGGGCAGGAGAGAUUCAGGAGCAUUGCCAAGUCUUACUUCAGGAAAGCAGAUGGAGUUUUGCUGCUAUAUGAUGUCACAUGUGAGAAAAGCUUUCUUAAUGUACGAGAAUGGGUAGAUAUGAUUGAGGAUGCAACCCAAGAGGCUAUUCCUAUCAUGUUGGUAGGAAACAAGGCUGAUCUUCGUGACACUGCUACUUCAGAGGGUCAAAAAUGUGUGCCUGCGUAUUUUGGAGAAAAACUGGCCAUGAACUAUGGGGCGUUAUUUUGUGAAACAAGUGCCAAAGAUGGUUCCAAUAUAGUGGAAGCUGUUCUCCAUCUUGCUCGGGAAGUAAAAAAAAGGACUGACGAGGAUGACAGCAAAUCCAUCACCAAUCUGGCUGGGACCAAAAAGUCAACACAGAUGAAGAACUGCUGCAAUGGUUAAACUCCGACAUCUUCAACUGAUGUACACUUCAUUUCCAGAGUACUGAAUUUUGUGACCAGUUUGG